UCAGCGGUCAGGAACCGCAAGGGAGAAAUGAAAACAAAUCAUUCAAAUCAAUCGCACACACGACAAAAUAAUGCCGAGAUCGUAAUGAUUGUGGACUAUGAUUGCAGUUAUUCUUCUCUUAUAUUGACGUCGAGGACAAGUUUUUCUUUUUAGUGCUUUUACUUUUCUGUUGAUGGAUUGCUGAAAUCUGCAAAUAAACAAUGAACGAAGGAGAAAUCAAAGAUGCCUUUCGAGACUACCUCAUUGAACGGCACUCAGAGGAACUGCUCAAGAUAUUGCAAAGUGAAGAUAAAAUGCAGCACUACUCUGUGACAGUCAAUUUCAUCAGUCUGUUUGAAACAAACUAUGACCUAGGCGAUGGUCUUUUAUCCAGUCCCUCUGAAUACUUGCAGAUUUGUGAUAAAGUGCUGAUCGACUGCCAGGCAUUGGUCAUUUCUCAGCAGCCGGAUGAAAUUCGACACCAGUUUACCACAAAAUCAAAAAUCCAUACAAGAUUUUCAUCUCUGCCUGCGUGUCCUGAGCUGCACCGAACAGCUUUCCCGCGGAACGAAGAUGUGAAUAGCUUUCUCAGGGUCACUGGAACAGUGGUCAGGACUUCGGUAGCAAAAAUGCUUGAAUUCCAGAGAGUUUACAGAUGCAAAAAAUGCAAAUUUGCCAAUACUGUUAUUGCCGACUACGAGCUGAAUUACUGCAUUGUCCCUCCUCGCAAAUGUGGGCAUCCGGACGGUUGUACGAAUACAAGUUUUGAAGUUCUGCAGCCUGUAGACGGUCUUAAUUAUAAAGAUUUUCAGGAAAUCAAACUCCAAGAGCAAGUGACAAAGCUGAGCAUCGGCACCAUGCCAAGGUCAAUGCUAGUGACCCUUGAAGAUGACCUGGUUGAUUCUUGCAAGCCCGGAGAUGAUGUUGUUCUAUGCGGAAUUGUGAGCAGACGCUGGAAAAACCUCGGCGCCCACAAACGUACAGACAUUGAACUGGUCCUGAAGGCCAACCACCUUCAGGUGUGCAACAACCAGCAGACGGCCGUCCUUGUGACCAAAGAAACGCACGAGGAGUGUCUGCAGUUCUGGCGUCAGCAUUCCAAAGCUCCUCUGGUAGGCCGGGAUCUGAUAUUGGCCUCCAUGUGUCCGCAAGUCUUCGGACUGUACAUCGUCAAGCUGGCCACUGCCAUGGUCUUGGCUGGCGGCGUCCAGAGGCUGGAAGAGUCGGGCACCCGGAUCAGGGGCGAGUCCCACUUGCUACUUGUUGGCGAUCCAGGUACUGCCAAGUCUCACAUUCUCCGUUAUGCAGCUCGACUUGUACCCAGAUCCGUUUUCACUACUGGCAUUGGCUCAACUUCUGCUGGACUCACAGUCACAGCUGUGAUGGAAUCUGGGGGAGAUUGGCAGUUAGAGGCAGGAGCCUUGGUACUCUCAGAUGGAGGCAUUUGUUGCAUUGACGAGUUUAAUUCAAUCAGAGAAAAUGACCGAGCCAGUAUCCACGAGGCCAUGGAACAACAAACUAUUAGUGUUGCAAAGGCUGGAUUGGUUUGCAAGUUAAACACAAGGUGCACAAUUCUGGCAGCUACAAAUCCGAAGGGGAAGUACGACCCGAAUGAGCCAGUGACCGUCAAUAUUGCAAUCGCCAGUCCAUUGCUGAGUCGGUUUGACCUUGUACUUGUGCUUCUUGACUCAAACAAUGAAGAGUGGGACAGAACUGUGUCUGGACACAUUCUCAAAGGCAAGGAUCCAACCAAAAUGGAAAAUGCAAAUAGUGGAACUCUAUGGGACCUUGACAGGAUGCGUUGUUAUUUAUGCAUAAUAAAAACGUUGAAUCCGAAAUUGAGCAAAAAUGCAAAUCAGAUCUUGAGUCGCUACUACCAGGUGCAGAGAAGGACCGACAACAGAAGUGCAGCUAGAACUACUGUCAGACUGCUGGAAAGUUUGAUUAGAUUGUCACAGGCGCAUGCCAGGCUGAUGUUUAGAGAGGAAGUCACAACAAUGGAUGCUGUAACUGCAGUUAUGUUAAUGGAAUAUUCGAUGCAAGGAGCUGCAAUUCUGACUGGAUGCAACAUCUACCAUGCAUCUUUCCCGAGAGACCCGAUGGCCUCUUAUCGAAAUCAUGCUUCUAUCAUUCUGGAGAAAUUGGGCUUGCACGAAAUCCUGCAGGCCGAGCUUGACCUCCUCGAUAAUGGCCCUAAAGAUGACGAACCGAAACCAUCAGCAAGUGGUGGUGGUGGGAGCAGCGAUAGAUUGGAGUUCAUGUCUCAGUUCCAGUCAAACUCAAACAUGCAAAAACUGAGCAGCAUUUUGAAGAACAUUCGGCAGAAUCGGGACAAGACAGCUUGUGAAGUGGUCGAGCACCAAAAAAAUCAAGGCCCGGCUGCGAAGACGGCAAAGGCGAAAAGACCAAAGAAAGCAGCUGCCGUCAGAGGUCCAUUCUCCGAAUCUUCGUCCUCUGACGAAGGUGAACCAGUUGUUAUUACUGGAGACGGUGAAAAAGAAGAAGCAGACAAAGAGCAACAAGGCCCUCCACAGAGGAAGAGAAUUCGGAUGAUUGAGUCAAGCUCAGAAGAUGAGAGCAAAGUAGAGGAGGAGCAAAAUAAAAAGACUGAAGAUGUUAACAGACAGAAGCUAUUGGAGCUUCAAAAGUUUGCUUUUGCGAAAAAGUCUUCCACCAGACAAAUACCUAGUACAAGCAAAUCGUCAAAUAUAUUUAAUAAUCCUAUAUCAUCAAAAUCAUUCCAUCCUAAAAGUAAAAGUCUUACUCCAAUUGCAGAAGCCUCUUCCAAUGAGCCAAAAAUGUCGAAAACAAUUUUAAGUGCUCCUGAGGAACUGCAGGAUGAACCAAUUGAUGAAGAAAAUAAAGCCCCAGCUAAUGCUAUUCCUCCAGUCAGCUCAUUAAAGGCCAAUGACACUGCAGACGAAAGUGGUUACAAAAGCUUUUUGGCCUCGCCUGUUGCCUCGACACCUCAACGAACAUUAUCAACCCUUGAGAAGCUGAAGAAGUUUGCCUGUAAAGCAAAGUCACCUGAAUCUGAUAUAAUCCCUGAACAUGAAAAAAGUGCGAAAGAAGUUCCUCCCAAGAAAUUGUCAUCCAUUGAGGCGCUGGCUAGGUGUGGGAAAAAGCUGAGUCAAAUGUCCAGAGACUCCAGAGCCUCUCAGAGCAGUGCAACUCAGUCGCCAGUGGUGCAAAAAACAUCAAAUCCUUUCUUGGACGAUGACGAUGAUGAUAUAUAUUUCAACCUACCAUAACAAUAUUUUAUUUUAAAUAAAAUGAAAGAUAAUUCAAAAUUUAAAUGUGUCACAAAUUUACAUA